UCUUUAUGGUGGAAAUAAAUUAUACAUCGAACCGAACUUAGCGCCCUCGGACGUCCACUUCUCCGAGACUUGGGUGACUUGAAACAACGAAACUGGUCUGUCGGAAGUCAUGAUGCUCGGUAUUCUCGUGCAUGUGGUAGUGCACGUAUCGUUGGUGACUUGCGCGAUGCUGGCGGACGUACAGAGGUUGCUGGACGACUUGUUCGCGCCGAAUGUAUACAACAAGGAGAUUCGCGGCGCCCUCGACCAGUCACAGCCAACCCUGGUCAGUGUGGACCUGGGACCAAAGAGCAUCAAGAGCCUACGUGAGGUUGAGGAGACUCUGGAGAUGGUUAGUGUUGUCAUCCUGACCUGGACUGACCAGCGGCUCGCUUGGGACCCCGCCCACUACAACGACACGCGUGUGGUGUUCCGUCCGGCGACGAGCGUGUGGCGUCCGGAUGUGGUACUAGAAAACCCGGCAACAAGGGGCAUGUUUUAUCAGGACAUAGACAGGGCCUACACCAUACAUACUUACAACGGACAAGUCUCUAUAGCGCUAGGAGACCUCAUAUCGACCAAUUGUCCGUUAGUUAUGACGUCAUAUCCGUGGGACGAGCACUGGUGUGCGGUCACAUUGAUUGUCAUGGGCUACACAGCGGACCAUGUGAGGCUGGUUUCCGUGCAGAAGGGAGAAAUGGCCAUCCUGCCUGGCUAUGAGCCUAGUUCCUCAUGGAGUUUAAUAGGCAUGCGUGCACUUGACAAAUCUUUCGGAACUAAAUCCUUAUUUCAUUUGAGCUAAGAUUGCGAAGACAAC